AUGUCCAAUACGGAAGAAAAGCAAAAUGUCCUGUCUGUUGGCUCUGGACCACAAGUCAACAUCCUCUACUCAUCCCCUGUUUUCGCAGUACUCGAUCCAGAAACCAUCAAGACAAUGGCGAACCCCAGUAAUACCAUAUUUGGCUGGGGCGGCGUAAAGAUAGUGAAGAUAUCUCCCGAAGUUGUGGUCAAAUUUGGCUCUCAUGUCACAUUACACGAGGCUAAAAGCAUGGUGUUUGUUGAUCAGAAUACAGAAACUGUCCCAGUGCCCAAGAUUCUUGCUUAUUACUCUUAUGGUCCAAUAGAUCGAGAUGUUGAUGACUAUGGGAGCUAUUAUGAUAACUAUAUAUUCAUGAGUUAUGUGGAGGGUCAGAGGCUGGAUAAGGUCUGGGAUACUUAUGAUAGUGUGACAAAAAGUUGA